GAGUAUUUUUUAACAAAUCCCUUUCUCUAAACUCCGUCUUACCUAAGCAAAACUUGGAUUUAGUCAUCUAUAUCAGUUUUUGUUUUGCUUUUAAUAUUUUUUUGUUUCAAAUGAAUCUGAAUUUAGUGAUUAAUUUGAUUGGGUUGUACUAAAACUGAAAUUUGGUGUGAAAAAAAAAACAUUUUCGUCCGAUUUGUAAACAUAUUUUGGUUUAGGUUUAUUUUUUCUAAUUAAUAGAAGUAAGAUUUCUAAAAUAAUGCAAUAAGUUAAAAGAAAAUAUUACAUUGAAAACGAAUAAUUAUAUGGCAAAGUUUAUAUUUGAGCACUGUAGAUGUAUUAAUAAAAUAUUAAUAAACAUAAAUAAUUUAGAAAUUAUAACAUUCAUAUACUAAUUUUUUAACUUAGAAUCAGUGUUAAUAAUUACUAGGCUACGUCUAAAUCAACUUUAAUUUGACCGACUCACAGAUGAUCAACCUUACCUAGUCAAGAAUGUUAAAGUGACAUCGGAAUAUAUGAACCGCACAGCAUGAGUCAAAGAUAUUUUACAUGUAAUAGUAUUAAUUUGAUUUCUUGUAUUUAACUUAAAUUGCAUACUAAGUUUUUUUAUUGGUAAAGGCAUUCAAAAUUGCAUAUUACGUUAUCCCCUUAUAUAUGAUUCCGUUUAACCUAUAAUUUUUUUUUUAUAAAAAGUGACGUUUUAAUUGAGACAGCAAAAAAAUGGGUUUGUAUUGACAAAAAAGUAUUAUUAAGCUGGCAAAAGUAAAACUAAACUAAAAUUAAUUAAUAAGGGUUAAUCUCAAAAGAAAGAAAGUUCUUGAGGGACAAAUGUAUAAAAUAUAGCAAACUAAUAAUAAAUAGAAAAAUCUACAAAAUCUUAGUUAGUGAAAAAUAUUAGAUUAAAUUAACUUAGGAAAAUGAAAUAUUUUUCAUCAUUUUUUUGAUAAAUAUUAAAAUUUGACCUGAAUACUUCCACGGAUAUUACUAAGUUGACCUGAAUACUCUAAAUCAACAUAUAAGAUAUAAACCAGAAACACAAAAGCCAAUUCCUUACAUUACCACUAAGCUACCAAUGCUUUGUUCAUAUACAAAUAUUAAGUCAUUGAACUUCCACAAAAUAAAACAAGUUAGAUCAUACUUUAUUAAUAUUUGGGUUAAGAAAGAAAUGAUGCGUCUUUGUAAAUUAGGUCUUGUCCCAUUAAGCUCAAUGGGUUGGCGGCAUGGUUGAAUUUGCUUAACCACUAAAAUAGAUUUGUCGGUGCGAUUUUGUAAAUCAAAUGAUAAUAAGGAAUAUUCGACGCUAACAGGAAAAAGAUAACAUACUCUCCACAACAUCCCAAAUUAUAUUAGAAGUUAUAUAAUCUGAAAUACAUAUAUUUUAUAUAAAAAAACUUAUUCAAAACCGAGAGCGCCCACAGGAGGGGCUAUGGUUCUUUCGCUUAAUCCUGCUUAGAUUCACAUGCACUUUUUCCAUUGUCGAAUCCAUCAACCUAACACAUUUUAGCUGAAAUAAUUAUUUCUAGUUCUCGAGCAAUCAUGAAAUAAACAAUUAUCAGAUGAUAUUUAUGUAACCAAUCUAUUUCCAAGUAAAAGAAUAGGCCGAAACCUAAGAACAACAUAUAGACUUAAUUUUAACAACAACAAAAUAAAGUUUGAGAAAAAAAUAGAAAGAGAUGUAUAAGAACACAAUACACAAUACACAAUACACAAUACGAGGCAUGAUGGGCUAGGUCCAGUGAAUAUAACUGAUGAGUGAGCGACAGGGUAAAACACUUUCCUUGUAAAGCAGAAAGAAAAUUUACAUAUAUAUUAGGUUAGAAGAAAUCAUAAUGGAAAAUUCAAAACUGCUGAUCACAUGGUUGUAUGGACUGAACCUGGACUUUUCUUUAAUCCUAAUGUUCCUUUUACAUUUUCAAGGCAGAUUCUUAUACUUAUUUAUAUUCUUUAAAUGUAAUAUACUCAACUACGAGUUUAAAAACAGUAUUACUAUCGAACUUUGCCUCUCCAAGUAGGCAACUAUGCCUCCUAGCGCACAAUAUCAUAAAAGAGAACUCACUCUCACUCUAUGCCUAUAAAAUACUCAUUAGAUACAUAAAUCUUUCAAUCAAUUUGCGUCUGAGAACAAAAAGCAAAAGAGAUGGUUUUAAUAAAAGAGAGAGAAAUGGAGAUUCCAGUUAUUGAUUUUUCUGAAUUGGAUGGAGAAAACAGAAUCAAGACUAUGUCACUUCUUGAUCAUGCAUGUGAUAAGUGGGGCUUCUUCAUGGUUGACAAUCAUGGGGUUGACAAAGAAUUGAUGGAGAAAGUGAAGAAGAUGAUUAACUCUCAUUAUGAAGAUCAUUUGAAAGAGAAGUUUUACCAGUCAGAGAUGGUCAAAGCUUUGAGUGAAGGCAAAACCUCAGAUGCAGAUUGGGAAAGCAGUUUUUUCAUUUGGCAUAAGCCAACUUCAAGCAUAUGCAAGAUCCCAAACAUUUCAGAUGAACUCAUCAAGACGAUGGAUGAAUAUGUUUCACAACUGCACAAGUUUGCAGCAAGGCUCUCCAACCUCAUGUGUGAAAAUCUUGGUCUUAGUCAAGAAUACAUAACGAAUGCAUUUUCUGGUCCAGAAGGUCCAGCUUUUGGGACAAAAGUGGCUAAAUACCCGGAAUGCCUUCGUCCGGAGCUCAUGAGAGGAUUGAGAGAGCAUACCGAUGCUGGAGGAAUUAUUUUGCUCUUGCAGGAUGAUCAAGUGCCUGGUCUUGAGUUCUUGAAAGAUGGGAAGUGGGUUCCUAUCCCUCCAUCGAAGAACAACACCAUUUUUGUCAAUACCGGUGAUCAACUCGAGAUAUUGAGUAAUGGGAGAUACAAGAGUGCUGUACACCGUGUAAUGACAGUGAAGGAUGGAUGUAGACUGUCGAUAGCUACAUUUUACAAUCCAGCUGGUGAUGCCGUAAUAUCUCCAGCUCCAGAGCUUUUGUAUCCAAGUGGCUACCAGUUUCAAGAUUACCUUAAGCUUUACUCAACCACUAAGUUUGGAGAUAAAGGCUCCAGAUUUCAUACCAUGAAGAAAAGGGAGAAUGGUGAUUCCGUCUAGGAUGCAUCUUUAAUGUAACAAUUCUGUAUUUCAACAUGAAACUCUCGUUUUUAUUAAACUUUGUCUUCUUCUUGUGUUUCCUUUAUAAAGACAAUAACAAUUAUGUCAAGAUCAUGCUGGUUCAGCUACUCUGCUUUAUUAAUAGAAAUUUUCACCACUUCAAAA